AUGAUGCCCGCGGCAGCCACCGACAAGGUGUGGGCGAUGAACGCCCAGACCGUGCCGCCGGGUUAUGGAACCGGGCACCUCGCGGCUUGGCUGCGGAGCAAGGAGGGCAAGGACAAGGAUCUGCUGGACCUGGACUCCGACUCGCCCUCGGGCGUCGCCGUUGGCGACUGGUUCACCAAGCACGUGGACGUCAUCGGGGCCCCCCGAGAGGAGAGGGCGCCGGACGUGUCCGCGAGGCACUGGCGCGCGCAGGCGGAGGAGCAGCUGGCCGAGCACGCGAGGUCCCCCAGCUCCUCCUCCUGGGCGCUCUCGGAUGGCCCGCGGAGGCGGUGCAGCGAGCCCCACGAGCCCCUCCCGUUCCAGAUCGGGCACGCCGCUUCGGCGGGCCAGCUGCUGGGCAGCACGGCGACCGGGCGGGCGGGCGGCCCGCCGCAGGAGCGGCGGAGCAGGCCGGCGCCGCGCUCUGCGUGCUGCUCGGGGGGCUGCCUGCGCGCGUUCGGGCGACUCUUCGGCUCCUCCGGGCACGGCUCGGCGACUCCCAGCCAGAGCGCCCCGAAGUUCAGCGACCCGCAGAGUGCGCUGAUCAUAUUCGACUGGGACGACACGCUCCUGCCCACGACGCUGCUCUCGAGGUACUGGAACGACGAUAUGUCUCUCAGCGCGGACUUCCCCGACGCCGACGCGCUGACCGCCCACGCGCACCUCGUCGGCUUCGUGCUGCGCACCGCGCGCCGCAUCGCGCGCGUGGCCAUCGUCACGAACUCCAUGAGCCCCUGGGUGCUCUCCUCCGGGCAGCGGUUCCUGCCCGGCCUGGACGUGGAGGCCCUCCUGAAGGAGCUCGAGAUACCUGUUUACUACGCGCGCAGGCACGUCGAAAGUAUCCUCCCCGAGGUGAGAAAGACGGGGGAGUUCUCUUACGAGGUCGAGAUCGACCGCCGCCAGGGUGGCCGCGUGGGUGUUGACAUCACGACAGAGCGCGGCAAUCCAGACGGCCCGCUGACCAUCACCAGGUUGGAGGAUGGCGGUCUGAUGGCCGAGUGGAACGCGGCGCACCGCCAGAGCGAGUUGCAGGUCCGGCCCAUGGACCGCAUCGAGACGGUCAACGGCUUCAGGGACCAGCUGAAGCAGCGGUGCAGGCAGGCCGAGCUCCUCCGUCUGUCCAUGGUGCGCGAUCUCCUGGAGCCCGACGCGUUCGUGGAGGCCAAGCGGAGAGACAUGGACGCAUGCCUCGAGCUGUUCUACCCGUCCUGCGCCUGGCACAGGAACGUCGUCUCGAUAGGCGACUCGGUGGCCGAGCAGCAGGCGCUGAAGCAGGCGCUGCACCAGUGCAGCUCCGAGCCGCGCGCCACGCCCGAGGGGGCCACGGGGCCCCGGCCGCUCUGCAAGACGGUGAACCUGCUCGACAGGCCCACGCUCGAGCAGCUCAGCUCGGAGCUGCGCCUGCUAAUGGUCUGGCUCGGGCAUAUCGUCGACUACGGCGAGGACUUCGACCUCAGGAUAGGGAUGGACGGGCUUGACAGCCUCGAGAGGGUCCUGCUGAAGACAUGA